GGCAUGCCCAGAAGUGCGUAGCCGCGCGCCCGCCUACUUCGGUCCGCGGAAGACUCUGCUCCGCGCCACCAUGGAGCGCAUCGACGGGGUGUCCGUGGGCCUCUGCGCCCAUUCGCCCUACCUGCGGCCUCUCACGCUGCACUACCGCCAGGAUGGUGUCCAGAAGUCCUGGGACUUUAUGAAGACACAUGACAGUGUGACUAUUCUCAUGUUCAACUCUUCUCAGAGAAGCCUGGUGUUGGUGAAGCAGUUCCGGCCAGCUGUAUAUGCAGGCGAGGUAGAGCGUCACUUCCCAGGGUCCUUGACAGCUGUAACCCAGGACCAGCCCAGAGAACUUCAGGGAACACUGCCUGGCUCCGCGGGAGUGAUGGUGGAACUCUGCGCGGGCAUCGUGGACCAACCUGAGCUCUCACUGGAAGAAGCGGCCUGUAAGGAGGCUUGGGAAGAGUGCGGCUAUCGCCUGGUCCCCAGCGAUCUGCGCAGAAUUGCCACUUACAUGUCUGGAGUGGGACUAACUGGCUCCAGGCAGACCAUGUUCUACGCAGAGGUGACAGAUGCCCAGCGACGUGGUUCUGGUGGGGGCCUGGCUGAGGAGGGAGAGCUCAUCGAAGUGAUCCAUCUGAGUCUGGAUGACGCCCAGGCCUUCGCAGACAACCCUGACAUUCCCAAGACGCUCGGUGUUAUCUUUGCUAUCUCUUGGUUCUUUAGCCAGGUGGUUCCCCAUUUGAGCAUCCAGUGAGGCCCUGGAGCCGGGCAGGCCUAGCCCAUCCACUCAUCCUCCUGCCCUGCAUACUCAAUAAAGCUUGUAUAAGCUUUA